AUGACUUUCGUCCGCAGCCACGCUGUGCAGACCCUGGCCGAGCCUGAGUUCUGGGCUUUUUGGGACAGGUUCGUGGAUGUGGUGUUUGUUGUUGACGUUGUGGUACCGUUCUUCUUCUCCUACGUGAGCUCGGAUGGCAAGGAGGUCGUAUCCUUGAGACGCAUCGCCCGGAGAUACAUUCUGGGAAACUUCACUAUCAACUUGAUCUCCAGCCUUCCAGAGCCUUUUGUCGAAGCGCUGGUCUCUCUGGCCCUAGCGGAGGACAUAAACUCGAACCAAGCGAACCGAGCGCUUCGGAUUAUCCGCAUGCAGCAGAUGACGAAGCUCUUGAAAUACUUGCGCGUGGUGAAGCUCAUUCAGCUUGUUGAGUGGGUCAAGCACUACAAGUUCGUCGCUGUGCUGAACCUACUCCUCGGACUAGUCUGGCUCGUUCACGUCCUGGCCUGUGGAUGGUAUCUUUGCGCUGCUCUCCACGAUGACCACAUGGAAACCUGGUUGGCUUUCCGCCUCGUCAACCAAGAACAAGAUAUGCUGCUAUACAGACCACCGAUGGAGCAAUGGAUCCAUGCCGUUUACUUUGUCUUUACCGUCUUCACGACGGUUGGCUUCGGCGAUUUCUCGGUGAAAACCCUUCCGGAAGUCUUGUAUGUGUGCUUCACCAUGCUAAUAGGCACCGUGAUGCACAGCAUCAUCGUCGGAAAGGUGAUUUCCGAGGUCUCGCAGGACACCGAGUUGAAGUCUUUAGCACAGCAUCGGCAGCGCCUUGUUGCUGGAUUCAUGCAGCAUGCGCGGCUCCGCGGUCACAUGGCCAAGUCUCUGCAGAACUGGGUCCGCCACGGACUUCGAGAUGUACCGAGACAGCAUGACCUUGAGGAGAUGCAGCAGCUGAUCAUCACGGACAUGCCGUUGAACUUGGCCAGAGAGAUGCACGGCAGCCUUUUCGACGGCGAGCUGGCACGAAACACGUUUCUGACUCACCCCACAUUGCCCGGCAUACCGGCGCGAUUGCCGCUGCUGCUGUCGGUCGUCCUGGUGCCAAAGCUGUAUGAGCAAGCACAGAUCGUCUACCAGAAGGGCGAUCCUGCUUUCCACAUGUACCUCAUUCUGCGAGGCACCUUUGCCUUCGUGGCCACGCCUGUGCGCGACCACCAUAAACGGAAGUCUCAGCGCCUUAGCCGCGGCGACGGAGUCUUCAGCCCUUACCAGCUCUUCUCCUUUCACACCUACUUUGGAGACCUCGAACUCCAAUCAGAGAUCACUCUGCACCGGCCUGGAACAGUCCGGUGCGAGCUGGCUGGGGAAGUUCUGCGUUUGCCCAAAGGCGACUACACCAACUUGUGCCGUGACUUUCCGCAGUACGCGACCGUCUGGCGGAAUUACUCCCUGCGUCGGGAAGCUCGCCGGCAGCGCCUACGACAACAGCAUAGUGCAUCACUGACCUACGACCACUGGGCAGCCACACAGAUUCAGCGUUUCCUUCGCAAUGCCAAAUCCGGAGUUCGGAAGCUCAGCAAGCUCUCUGCUGGCGAUGCCACGCGCUCUCACAGUGCAGAUCUCAACGAACUUAUGCUGUCGCCUCGUGGAUACCGCAACUCCAAUAGCGCCGUCUCUCAGUGGGGUUCCACGGCCGCGAUGAUGGAGCUGGCGGCGCUUCGCGCCGAAAUGAGCCAAGCAAAGGCGCGGGAGCAGCAGAUGCAGAGGAGGCAUGAUGAGCUGAUGGGCGGCAUGAGGAUGCUGCAAGGUAUGCUGCAGCGCGUUGGUGAUCCUUCUGGCGUUACGCGACCAUCUGAUGUCGCGAUAUCGCUGUACCAUUCGAACGACGGCAAGACAUGCCUGUAG